UUCUCAAUAAGGACAGAGCCACAACCUUUCCAUCACCUAAAGGGCUCCAACAACAGAGUUGCCCUUGGCUUCUGUAAUUCAUCGCCGCUGCCUCUAGGCCUUCGCGACCCCAAAUCCGUGGCCGGUCCAAUUAGUGACAGACGACCUCCUCAUCGGCGGUGAACAUGGCACCCUUGGUUCCAGUUUCCGCCCAGGGUGGAAUGUUCCAUACCUUCCAGGGGGUAACGCCGCGAAAGCCAAUAACCGAUUCUCAGGAAAGCGGAAAGUCCACAAGCUCGAGCAGUUCCAAGAGAAUUACAACUCCUCAUGCGUGCGCUGAGUGCAAGAGGAGAAAGAUCCGCUGUGAUGGCCAACAGCCGUGCGGCCAGUGUCUCUCAAGCCGCGCUCCCAAGCGCUGCUUCUACGACAAGCACAGACAGCGGGUCAUUCCUUCGAGGAAGACGCUUGAGGCAUUGUCCCAGUCGCUUGAGGAAUGUCGGUCCAUCUUGAAGCGCCUCUUUCCAAACCAAGACAUUCACUCGCUGCUUCCGCUCUCUCGCCAGGACCUCCUUGGCUUGCUUGAACGUCCCGUGCUCGACACGCCGACGGCGCUUCCAUCGCCGCCUCUCAACACCUCACCUCUCUCUCAGGAACUGGAAUCCCCUGUGUGUUCCGGCUCUGAGCGAGGUUUCUCCGCGCUUGAGCUGAUGCCCGGCCGGGAUACCGAAUGGGACGAAGAGCGUCGCGGCCGCGAUCCCAUUCCUAUUGAGGCCGACGAUGUGAACGCGCUCUCGCUAUCCGUGGACCGACAGUCGUCCUACCUUGGAGCUUCUUCAAUUAAGGCAGCGCUAAUGUGCCUGAUGAAGGUGCAGCCUUCGCUCCGACACUCGCUCACUACGCCGCUCCACACCGCCGAAGUUACACACAGCUUCCCAAGCUUGCGCCAAAAGAGCGCAGCGCCCAAGGAUAUACAACGCAUUCCUUGGUCAUGGAAGGGCCAGACGCUUAUCGACGCCUAUUUCAAACGAAUUCAUGUCUUCGUCCCCAUGCUCGAUGAGGCCGCCUUUCGUGCCGAUUAUCUGGAGGGUCAACGAUGUGACCCUCCCUGGCUGGCUCUUCUAAACAUGGUCUUCGCCAUGGGCAGCGUUGUGGCCAUGAAGUCGGAUGACUACAACCACAUCAACUACUACAACAGGGCGAUGGAACACCUGCCAAUCGAUGCUUUUGGCAGCAGUCACAUCGAGAUGGUGCAGGCUUUGGCUCUCAUUGGAGGCUACUACCUCCACUACAUCAACAGACCGAACAUGGCCAAUGCCGUUCUCGGUGCGGCCAUCCGGAUGGCUAGUGCUCUUGGCCUUCACCGGGAGAGCCUGGCUCAGGGGUCGAGUGACAUGGUUGCCGCCGAGACCCGGCGCCGCACUUGGUGGAGUCUAUUCUGCCUCGACACAUGGGCAACGACAACGAUGGGACGACCUUCCUUUGGCCGAUGGGGCCCUGCGAUCAACAUCAGGCCCCCCGAGUUUGGUGUCAACCAGGCCCGAGACUCUGCUCAGCAUGCGGGCAUCUUGCCACUCAUUGAGAACAUCAAGUUCUGCAAGAUUGCCACGCAGAUCCAGGAUUUGCUGGCAAUCUCGCCCCUCCUUCGUGCAGAUGACCGUUGCAAUCUCGACGGUCAGCUGGUCAAUUGGUACACCAGCCUCCCCUGGCUGUUGAGGACGACAGACCCUUGCGCCGAGCCUCUGUACAUCGCAAGGUGCAUCAUGAAGUGGCGAUACCAGAACCUGCGAAUGCUUCUCCACCGGCCCGUUCUCCUUAGCCUGGCCAGUAACAGCGCACUGCCCCAGUUGGCCGAGCAAGAUAUCACAGCCAUCGAGACAUGCCGUGAGCUAGCCAAGCAGACCAUCGAGGAUGUUGCGCGGGAAUGGACUCGAAACCAAAUGUCUGGAUGGAACGCUGUGUGGUUCCUCUACCAGGCUGCCAUGAUCCCGCUUGUGAGCAUCUUUUGGGAGUGGAACAGUCCACGUGUUCCCGAUUGGCACCAGCAGCUUGAGACGAUUCUUGAUCUACUAGAGGCUAUGGAAGACUGGUCAUUGGCCGCAAAGCGUAGCCGAGAGGUUGUGUGGAGAAUGUAUGAGGCAUCUCGACAGCCGUCCAUGCGGUCAGAGAGCCCUCUGCAGGGGAUGAGCAGCGAUCAAGGGCUGUUGUUGGCUGAGGCAGAGCUGCACAUGUCACCCAUUGGCCUGGAGCCGGAAGGGAUGGGCAUGAUGGGAAUGAUCGAUCAGCAUGGCCUCUGGGAUCUGGACGGCAUGUAUUGGGGUCAGAGCCCAGACCAGACGGUGGACUUUUCCCCUUACGACGUUAACGAGCAAAUGCUGCACAUGGACUACGGCAUGAUGGGCAGUCAGGCCACGGCCAUUGAAGGUGGCUUUUUUGUCCACUAGUGUAGCAGUCUGACGGUACACUCUCUCUGAUCCGUUUACUCCUUUCUUUCUUUCUUUCUUUCUUCUCCCCUGGUAUAUAUCUCCCCUUCUCUUACAUACUUUGAUCCCGUUGGAGGCAGGGAGCUUGGUGCCGGUAACUAGCUGGAGCCACUCCCCUCACGCUGAUUGUCAUGGCUUGGACGGACACAGGGUUGGAUGAGCAGGACUUGGCGUUUCUGGAGGCGGUCGGUCACGUUGACGGGUCCCAGGAGGGAAAAGGUGCCAUGAGCAUGGGAAAAUGGUUAUGACGGCGGCAGACUGUGAAGAAUACCCUAAAUGACGAUCACGAUAUGCAUGUCAUUCGCUGCAGACCAAAGUAGAAAACCUACAGUGAUGAUGGGGCUGGGAUUGGCUCAGACCCUCCACUUGGACGGAUACCGCAGCCCUUCAUUUCCUUGCAGGAGGGUUUCUGGAUACCAACUAGGUAAGAUAGAGUAAAAUGGGGUGUAGGUCGGACUAGGCAUCUUUUAGAGUCUUACACGAAGUCAAACAUGACGCUCCUGUGGCGAACGAGGCGAACAGACGGUCUGGGAGACUGGCUCCAGCUCGCAAGUGGUGUGCAGGGUCUUACAUAUAGCGAGGCUGUGGAACGCC